UCGUGUCGCUCUGGUGCCGUGCAGGCACGCGGGCUCCCCUCCUCCGCUUAUGCUUCGAUUGUUGUGAAUUCUCACCACCCGGAGAAAGUUCGCCCUGCUUUCGGUUUCUUUUAUUUAGCAAUAAUACUGAAGGAGUAUGGCGGACUCUCAAGAAGAUAAGCUUUACAAAGCGGAAUAUGCCAAGAGCGGCCGCGCAUCGUGCAAGAAGUGCAAGGAAAACAUAGCUAAAGACUCUCUGAGAAUGGCCAUCAUGGUGCAGUCACCCAUGUUUGAUGGAAAGGUCCCCCACUGGCACCACUUCUCCUGCUUCUGGCAGCGAGCAGCAGCUCAGUCCACUGGUGAUAUUGGUGGGUUUUCUGACCUCCGCUGGGAGGACCAGGAAAAGGUGAAAAAGGCUAUCGAAAGUGGUGGAGCCGCUGGAGGAAAAGGGGACCAGAAGAGUGGAGCUAAAGGAGAGAAGACACUGAAUGACUUUGCGGUUGAAUAUGCCAAGUCAAACCGAAGCACAUGCAAAGGCUGUGAGCAGAAAAUAGAAAAGGAUCAGAUCCGCGUGUCCAAGAAAACCGUGGACCCUGAGAAGCCCCAGCUUGGCUUGAUCGACCGCUGGUACCACACGGCAUGUUUUGUGAGCCGUAGGGAGGAACUGGUCUUCAGACCUGAAUACACCGCCGCCCAGCUGAAGGGUUUCAACGCACUACGGGCAGAAGACAAGGAGGAACUUAAGAAGAGGCUCCCCGCUGUCAAAACUGAAGGGAAACGUAAAGCCGAUGAGGUGGAUGGGGUGUCAAAGAAACUGAAGAAGGAGGAAGAGGAGGAGAAGAAGAAGCUGGAGGAGCAGUUGAAGAACCAAAGCCAGCUGAUUUGGGGAAUCAAGGACAAGCUGAAGAAGUUCUGUUCGACCAACGAUAUGAAGGAGCUGCUGAUUGCAAACAGCCAGGAGGUUCCCUCUGGAGAGUCCAAUGUGCUGGACUGCCUGGCCGACGGCAUGGCUUUUGGUGCGCUUGAGCCCUGCAAGGAGUGCUUUGGCCAGCUGGUGUUCAAGGGUGACGCUUAUUACUGUACAGGAGACAUCUCAGCCUGGACAAAGUGUGUGUUCAAAGCCCUCAAACCCUUACGCAAAGACUGGGUCAUCCCCAAGGAAUUCCAUGAAGUUUCCUUCCUGAAAAAAUUCAAGUUCAAGCGACAGGACAGGGUUUACCCAAAGAAGGCUCCCACUCAAACCCUAACUGCAGCUAAAGCAGAACCCUUAGCAAGUGCAUCCAGUGCCCCGACUGAGUGUCUGCCAGAGGGAGCACCUUCAGACAAACCUCUUACUGGCAUGAAACUGUUGGCUGUGGGCAAGCUGACCAAGAACAAGGAUGAUAUAAAAGCUGCUGUAGAGGAGCUGGGUGGAAAGAUUACUGGCACAGCCAAUAAGGCCUCUAUUUGCCUCAGCACUAAGAAGGAGAUAGAAAAGAUGAGUAAGAAAAUGGAGGAAGUGAGGGACGCCGGCGUGCGCGUGGUCUCUGAGGAUUUCCUCACAGACAUCAAGUCGUCAGGGAAAGCCCUCCAGGAGCUGGUCUCUCUGCAUGCCAUCUCGCCCUGGGGUGCAGAGGUCAAAGUCGAGACCCCAGCGCCAUCUGUGGCCUCUAAGUCUGGAGCGCUGGCUGCCAAGAGCACAGGCAGGGUGAAAGAGGAGGAAGGUGGUAGCAAAAGCAAGAAAAUGAAACUAACAGUGAAAGGAGGAGCUGCUGUGGAUCCAGACUCAGGUCUGGAGAACAGCGCUCAUGUCCUGGAGCAGAGCGGGAAGAUGUACAGUGCAACACUGGGUCUUGUGGACAUUGUCAGAGGAACUAACUCCUAUUAUAAACUGCAGCUGCUGGAGGAUGAUGUACAAAAGCGGUACUGGGUGUUCAGGUCAUGGGGCAGAGUGGGUACCACCAUCGGAGGUAACAAGCUGGACAAGUUUCAUGACAAGAACUCUGCCAUAGACAACUUCCUGAGCGUCUACAAAGAGAAGACAGGCAACAGCUGGGGCACCUCUAACUUCACCAAAUAUCCCAAUAAAUUCUAUCCCCUGGAGAUUGACUACGGACAGGAUGAGGAAGCUGUGAAGAGGCUGACAGCCACUGCUGGCACCAAGUCUAAGCUGGCCAAGCCCAUCCAGGAGCUGAUCAAGACUAUCUUUGAUGUGGAGAGCAUGAAGAAGGCCAUGGUGGAGUUUGAGAUUGACCUUCAGAAGAUGCCCCUCGGAAAGCUGAGCAAGAGGCAGAUCCAGAGUGCCUACGCUCUCCUCACUGAAGUACAGCAGGCUGUGUCAGAUUGUUUGCCUGAGGCCCAGAUACUGGAUUUGUCAAAUCGCUUCUACACGCUGAUCCCUCACGACUUUGGUAUGAAGAAACCUCCUCUGCUGAACAACCUGGACUACAUUCAGGCCAAAGUCCAGAUGCUGGACAACCUGUUGGAUAUUGAAGUGGCAUACAGCUUGCUGAGAGGAGGGGCCCAGGACAAUGAGAAUGAUCCCAUCGACAUUAACUACGAGAAACUCAAAACCAAGAUCGAGGUUGUUGACAAGACUUCAGAAGAGGCUGAUAUCAUUAUGCAAUAUGUUAAGAACACCCACGCAGCUACACACAACACUUACACUCUGGAAGUGCAAGAAGUAUUCAAAAUUAACCGAGAGGGUGAGCGCCAGCGGUACCGUCCCUUCGAGGAGCUACACAAUCGCCAGCUACUGUGGCAUGGUUCUCGCACCACCAACUAUGCUGGUAUCUUGUCUCAGGGUCUUCGCAUUGCCCCUCCAGAGGCCCCAGUGACUGGGUACAUGUUUGGCAAAGGUGUGUACUUUGCUGACAUGGUGUCCAAGAGCGCAAACUACUGUCACACCUCCCAGUCUGACCCUGUUGGCCUCCUUCUGUUGGCUGAGGUUGCCCUCGGCAACAUGCAUGAACUGAAGAAGGCCUCCCACAUUACAAAAUUGCCCAAGGGCAAGCACAGUGUUAAAGGUUUGGGUAGAACUGCUCCUGAUCCAAAUGCUGCCGUCACUUUAGAGGGCGUGCAAGUGCCUCUGGGAAAAGGAACCCACACGAACAUUGAUGACACAAGUCUACUGUACAACGAGUACAUUGUGUAUGAUGUAGCGCAGGUAAACUUGAAGUAUCUCCUGAAGAUCAAGUUUAACUACCAGACGUCCCUGUGGUGAGAGGGAUUGUUUCCGAGCCCUCUCCAAUGAAAACAGAGACCACUGUUGCCUCCAAGCGCUUGGACGUCAUUCUCUUCAACAGUAGAUGUUUGGCAAAGGAGCCACGCUAUAACAUGCUUUACAAUGGUCACUGGAAGUCUCUUGUCACUUUAUUGCUUUUUCAUCAGAUUUACUAGCUGGCAGCCUUCCUCAGUAAUACAUUAGGUGCUUAAGUACCUACUUCAGAGUAGCUCAUAAGACACAGACCACAGUGCAGUUGAAGCACAGUGCAUAUUACAUAGAAAGGUUUUGGUCUAGAAAUGAACAACAGAAAAUGUAGCUUCCUGUCUUAUGUGGUAAUCUUGAGUUUCAGAAGAAUCUUAUUUCUUUAAUAAACCCUGUAGUGAUAAGGUAUAGUACUGCAAAUUUAGAAGGAGUUUUAAGUUUUCGGCAGUCAGUCCGCAUACAUUCACAAACCGGUGAUUAUAUUUUGCUAGGGUUCCCACUAAAAUGAACAUUUUGUUGACUGUUGGGUUCAAAGAUCCCAUAUGAGCUUUGGCAUGUAUAUAUUUGUUUUGUCGUUUGUCUCUCAAGCUGUCUUUUUGCUGAAAAUUAAAAAAAUAAACAAUAUGGUUAAUGUUGAAGUAUUCUGUAAAAGAAACAACUGCCGUGGUAUGUGGUACCCUUUUUCUUAGUGCUUUUCUUGCUUACCUCAAAGAAAAUAAAACUAAUAACAGUUCUCAACCUUUAA